GUAAAAACGAAAGUGAACCGUAAGCUGUCAGACGGUGUUUUGAGAGGAGAGGAACAGAGUCAUUUUGAAGAUACACAGAAGGUUUUCUUAGUUUCUCUGAAGUUAACGUCUAUCUGCAUCCCGUUGACGUGAGUUCUGUCUCCGGAACCUCCGUUAGUUAUCUGACACUGUGAGUCUGUGCUGAUGUCUGCCAGAUACAGCUUUUCAUUAUCCUCAUUAUCCGACUACUUCUUUGGAAUGAGAGGCCUCAUUAACUACCAAUUGUCCUGCUGUGUGAACACAUUACUGCAGACCUUAUCCGCUACCUGGGAACUAGGAGAUCUACUAGACAAGUGGGAAGCAGCUGAUGUGAGAGAGAAGAGUGGUAACGUCCCCCUGCAGCUAAAGAGAGUUCUCGCAGUCAUGACGAGCGACCACUCUCGUCCUGCUCCUCAUCAUGAGUUUCUCUACUCUCUGGACUUAAACCACAUUCGACUUGGUACGCAGCAUGAUGCUGAUGAGGUGUUCCUCUCCAUCCUGAACCUCCUGCAACACCAGAUGGAUGACAGACAUCUGGCUCUUGAAAUCCAGAAUCUGUACAAGAUUUCUGUGGAGACAUGCGUGCAGUGCUUAGAUUGUUCCUCCAUCCAGACACUGAACACCUACCUGCUUAGCCUGCCGCUGCAUGUGAAGGAAGGUCACGACUCUCUGGAAGGCUGCAUGACCUCCUUCUUUAAGCAUCAGGAGCUAAGCGGCAUAAAUUGCUGUUUUUGUGCACAAUGUGAGAAGAAGACUCCAACUCAAAAGAGUAUCAAACUACUUUCCCUGCCUUGUAUCCUGAGUGUUCACCUGAAAAGGUUUCGAAAUAGCAAUGGUUACACCAGAAAACUUGACUGCAGGAUUACCUUUCCAGAAACCAUUGACUUGUCUGAUACUGUUAAGGAAGCAUUCUCCUCAGACUUUAACCAGAAUGAUUGCAAGUACACACUGCAUGCAGUAGUAGUGCACUCUGGAUAUGCAAUGUAUGGGCACUAUACUGCCUACGUGCGCCACAGGCAGAACAAGCACUGGUACUAUGCAGAUGACAGCCACGUAAAACUGGCCUCCUGGGAAGAAGUGCAGAGAACAUAUGGGGGAAACCACAGAGGCACAGCCUACAUGUUAAUGUACAGAAGAGGUUCAAAAGAGGAGGUACAACAACCACAACUCUCUGGAUGAGUGGACAGAUGUGGAUGAAUUUGAUGAAUUUAGACAGUACUUUGUAAAAGGAAUCUUUGUAUUUAAAGAAGCUGGGAAAAAAAGCUUUUAUGGUUUUCUUAUGAUUGGAUAAAGUUACCUGUAUAUAUUAUAUGUCAUCAACAUCUCAAAGGGUUUAUCCUGAGAUUAUACACUACAUUUCUGACAUAGUAAUUUGUGCUGAACACCAGCAGGUGGAGUUGAAGACUUAACACAAUGAUGGGGUUUUCCAUCCUGAGACCACACACGCUGUGAACACACUCUAUGAUAUGGGGAGGGUUGGUUUGAAAAAAUGCUUAGCUUAGAUAGUCACUGUUUUGUGGGAAAUACCUGCUAUCAGAGUCAGUGUUCAUUUUCCUGACACUGCUGGAAAAUAUAUAUGGGUCACCCAUUAAGAACAGUGAAGUCAUUUCUUGUCUCGUGUGGACUGCCAAAAACUACAAUAUUAAAUCUCUUACUUUUCUCACUACCUGUAGGUUCUAUUACAUGAUUUGAUGACUCAAUUUAAUGUGUUUUUCUCUCUUAUUGAUAUAUCAACAUCAGCACAUCCCUUUCCACCUUAGCUCGAAAUGAAUGCACUUUAACGCAAUUAAAUAAUGCCUGUGCUGAAUGUGUCUGGCAGUUAAAAAAACGGUUAAAAACUGCAGUUACAUCAGUGCUAAAAUGCUUGGUAUAGGCUUUCAGCAGAGCCUCUAAAGUUCCCAGUCGCUUCGCCAAGAGUCGGGGGACCGUGUGAAAUGGUGCUGAUGUGCCGCAGAGAUUUGACAGAAUGGAACAUGUCUGCACAGUGCCACAGUCAGCAGGCCUCAUGCUGAGUCAUCUCGCUGCUGUGCGGGAUAGGCGCCGCUUUGUAUAUAGGGGGUAUCUUACUCCCACAUUCAAAGACCAUAGCUAGAGGUUUUUAUUAUGUGUCUCGAUUUGAGUCAGUGUCACAUUGAGAUUGUUUUUUUUUCUGACUUUGCACAAGUGGGAAGUUGACAAUGGAAUACUUGUCGACACGCUGAGAAAAUUAUUGUAUUCUUACAUGAUGGCAAAUGUUGAGAUUAUUGGGUUUGUGGAUGGAUUGAAAAUAUUAAUAUUUUACAUUGUCGAGUCAGAUCAUUUAAUAAAAGCUGAUAUAAUCAA